AUGGGAGACACCGCCCCAAUUUGCUCGCUAGGUGGCGCAAAUGUACUAGUGGUUAUAAGUCACAACCGGAAGUCAGCUUUCAAAGUGGCUCGUAUCGAAGAUUCACUCGACCGUUAUCAGCUAUGCCAAGAUACUGCUCUGUUCCGGGUUGUAAAAAUAAGAUUGGAGGACAUAAAUACCCUUCAGACCCCGACCUGCAACAAAAGUGGCGCGUGGCGGUAAGAAGAGUUGAUGUUCCAACAAAGAAUCUGUGGAAGCCAGGGACAGGCGACGUAGUCUGUAGGGCUCACUUCACUGAUGAUGAUUUCGUGGAUACACUAUUAGGUGAACGAAGUCGUCUCCGGGCAGCUGCGGUUCCCUCCAUCUUCCCACAUACAUCAUGCACCAGUACAUCAGCACUACCAACUCGACCAAAGAGGGCACAUCAACUCCGUGAAGAAGAAGCCAACAUAGCUAUAUUGAAUGUGUCGUCGGAGGUGGAAAUCGGUAUUGGAGAGGAUUGUGCUAUCACAAGCCCAAGUAGCUUGAAUGAGCCUCUUGAAACAUGUCAAAGUGACUCUCAGUCUACUCAGUGCAGUUUGUUAGGAAGUUGUUCCAUAGAAACCUACAUAAAUAAUCCCAAAGCUGUUUUGUACUUUGCUGGUUUCCAAGAUUAUGACCAUUUCAUGUUUUUCUUUCACUCGCUUGGUCCAGCAGUUUUUGAACUGAACUAUCAAUGUGAACUCUUGCACCCAAAAGACCAACUGUUUUUGACUCUAAUGAAAUUAAGACAGGCCAAGGAUGACAUUGAAUUAAGUUUCUUGUUUGGCAUAUCAUCAUCCACUGUUUCCCAAAUUGUAAUAACAUGGAUCAAUUUCUUAUAUUUCCAACUGAAGGAACUACAGAUAUGGCCAUCAAGAGCAACUGUUGAUGAUCACAUGCCAACAGAUUUCGGUAAGAAGUUUAAAAACACUAGAGUCAUUUUGGAUGCAACAGAGAUACCAAUAAAGAAGCCAUCUCAUGUUGAUGCUCAGAGCAUGACAUGGUCCAGCUAUAAACAUCAAAACACAUUGAAAACCAUGAUCGGUUGCACACCCAGGGGGGCAGUCUCAUUUAUUAGUGAAUCUUUUGGGGGGUCUGCAAGUGACAGACAGAUCAUAGAACAGUCUCCUUUACUUAACCCAUCACAUGGUAUGUUUGAAAAACAGGAUAGCAUUAUGGCUGACAGGGGCAUUAUGGUUCAAGACUUAUUUGCAGCCCAAGAUGUUCAAGUAAACACCCCAACUAUGUUAAAAGGCAAGUCACAGUUAGAACCAGAAGAUGUUGUUAAGGAUAGAAGAAUUGCUUCUAAAAGAAUCCAUGUUGAACGUAUAAUUGGUCUGAGUAAAACUUUCAAAAUUCUGAAAAAACAUCUCCCACCAAGUAAAGUAGUACUUGGAUCGCGGAUUGUUUAUGUUUGUUUUGCUAUUUCAAAUUUCAGAAAUUCCAUUGUAAAUGAAUUUGCUUGAAGCAUCUCUUCUUUGUGAUAUCUGUGACUGAAAUUUGUAGUAGUAGUAGAAUUUUAUUCAGUAGUGUGAGUGAUUGAGAAUUGUUUUACACCGCUUUUAGCAAUAUUCCAGCAAUAUCAUGGCGGA